AUGGUUGACGGCGUCAAACCGAGACGAUCUAACAGACUGAAACAUUUGCCGAAAGUUGAUUACUGCGAGAACAGGACGGCGGAUGGGAAACGGAAAAGGGGAGCAUUAGACGAAGAAGACGAAUAUACGCCGUCCCGGGAAGGUACGCCGGAGAAUCAGAAGAUUCCAACACGCGCGCCGGAGAUUCAGAGGAGUCCAUCACGGAGAGUGAGACGCAAGACCGCCAUUACAAGGAGUUCACGACAGCGCGCCGUCGAUGCGUCUCAGAAUGAGGGUGCCUGCAUCAUAUCAGGCAUAAAAGACAAAUCCGUGCAACAAUGCCAUGUGUUGCCACGGGCCACAAAGCCGGAUGUGCUCACGCCUCUGGAGUGGUGGUGGGACAUCAAAGAGCUCAGCGUGGAUUCACGCCACAAUCAGGUCUUCCGUGCGUCUUCUUUCCAGCAGGCAUGCCGAUACGCGUGGGCUUACUUGCAUACAGUCCGUGCCGAUCUCCAUGCCUUGUGGGAUCGUGGAUACAUUGCGAUCAUGCCAAUGCCUGACGUGACGAAGGAAUAUCUGGCCAAGUGGAAGGAUGGUGGCAGGCACAAGGUUCUGGAGAUCCGCGAAGGGUUCACCUACGGAUUCGACAAGGUUGGGAUCAUCCGGUCCCAUGCGAAGCCGCACUUCAUGGCCUUGAACGCGGCCAUGAAGCUCAAGGAGAACAAGGAGAUGUGGGUGAAGGUGUUGAAGGUGUUCUACGAGAGAAUACAUCUUCAAGUCGACGCAUCCCGCUUCGUAGAGGAACUCCUGACAUUGUCUGACGUGUGGACUGCGCCGCCACCCGAGGAGGCAGAGUUGAUCAUGGAGGAGAAGGAGCAAGCGGCAGAGGAAGCAUCCAGUCUUCUAGCAACGGUUCCUACAGGCGAGCCAAUGUCCCCUAAACGCCCAAAAGGGGGUUUGGUAAUAGAAAAACGCUCCAAGUCGAAGGCCCACAAGCCUGACGGCGAACUGUCCGGUAGCAAUCUCAAGUUGUAUGCCGCUCAUUUGGCGCCUACCGGGUCACGGUGCUUGUUGAGUCUUCAGGACGACAAGUCAGUCCAAGGGUGUCACGUUGUCCCACGAAGAACCGACGACCGUACGUGUGCGAAAGUGGCGGCGUGGUGGGGGCUUGAUGAUUUCAACGUCGACUCUCCUUUCAAUAUCUUUUUACUGAGAGCAGACAUCCACUGCUUGUGGGACCAAGGUCAUCUGCUGUUCGUGCCCGAACCUCAUAUUGUCGAAGAUUAUGUCGCGCGAUCCAUUGUUCCCAUAGAUGGGGGCUUGUCGCCCGGAGAAGUAUCUGAAGCGUCCAAUGGCCCCGUCUACAGAUACUGCGUCGUUGCCCAUUGCGACCUUCCCGAUACGGAGGAAAACGCUGCGUUUCCGAGGGAUGUCAAGACCUUAGGCUAUAUUGAAUCCCGUGUCCCUCCCCAAUUUGUUAUAUACAAUGCGGGGAUGGCACUGUCGAAGGGUGGACCAGAUGGUUUCGCAGCGGCUCUAGACGCCUUCUAUAAGCAGCAUAAAAUCCACUUUAAAGCGAUCGACGUUCUGAAGGACAUGGCAGCGCUCUUCCAACAAUAUUCAACCAACCUUCCUGCUGAUAGAAGCAUGGAUUCCACCCACCAAGAUGUCUGUUUGAGCUAG